AUGGCCUUUAACAAUCUGACAUCAAAGGCUGUGCUACUGUAUGAUGAAUGGAUUAAAGAUGCCGAUCCAAGACUGGAAGGCUGGCCACUCAUGUCUUCACCUUUUCCAACAACCAUUAUCAUUGGAACCUACAUUUAUUUUGUUACUUCCUUAGGACCCAAACUCAUGGAAAAUAAAAAACCUUUUGAACUCAGGCAGAUAAUGGCGCUUUAUAAUUUUAGUGUGGUAACCCUCUCUUUAUAUAUGACUUAUGAAUUUCUUAUGUCGGGUUGGGCCACAGGGUACUCAUUCCGGUGCGAUAUCGUUGACUACUCGAGGUCACCUACAGCUCUAAGAAUGGUACGAACUUGUUGGCUUUACUACUUUUCCAAGUUCAUUGAAUUAUUAGACACU